ACACGGCGCUCUCCGCCCCCGCUGCCCCCGGUGCCCCCGGUGCAGGUGAUCGAGGCGGAGGCGAGGACGGCCACGCGAUGGGAGCUGAGCCCCGAGGGCGAGGAGGUGCUGCGGGAGGGCAGCCCCGAGGUGCGGCUGUUCCGGAGCCUGCCCGAGGAGGGGCUGCCGCAGGCCGAGGCCAUGAAGCUGCCCGGGGGCUCCUUGGGCUUCAGCAAGGCCAUGGCCAACAAGUGGGUGCGCCUGGAUAAGGGAGCGGCCGGCGGGCCACGCGUGCUCCGCGCCGUGCCCGCCGUGCAGGACGCCGUGCAGCAGCAGCUGUGCCGCGUGGGCGCCGGGGCAGCGCUGCCCGAGCGAGAGCGCGCCGAGCUCAAGAGGAGGAAGCUGCUGCUGGAAGUGACCCUCAAGUCCUUCUGGAUCCGCAAGGGCAGCGCCUUCAGCACGGCCGUGGCGCGGCCGCACACCGAGCUCACCCCGGAGAUGAUCGCCACGGGCUCCUGGCGCCAGCUGCCCUUCAAACCCUACAACUUCUCCUCGCUGGGGCUGCCCCCGGCCUGCGGCCACCUGCACCCGCUGCUCAAGGUGCGCUCGGAGCUGCGCCAGAUCUUCCUGGAGAUGGGGUUCACGGAGAUGCCCACGGAUAACUUCGUGGAGAGCUCCUUCUGGAACUUCGACGCGCUCUUCCAGCCGCAGCAGCACCCGGCCCGCGACCAGCACGACACCUUCUUCCUGCUGGGUGAGUGCUGGGGGGGCACGGGGACCUGCAGCUCCUUCUGGAACUUCGACGCGCUCUUCCAGCCGCAGCAGCACCCGGCCCGCGACCAGCACGACACCUUCUUCCUGCUGGAGCGGCUGCGGGGCAGCCUGGGGGGUCCCAGCUGCCCCCCUCAUCCCCCCGUUUCCCCUCUCCAGGAGAAGUUCACCCCCGUGAAGUACUUCUCCAUAGACCGCGUGUUCCGCAACGAGAGCCUGGACGCCACGCACCUGGCCGAGUUCCACCAGGUCGAGGGGCUGGUGGCCGACCGGGGGCUCACCCUGGGCCACCUCAUGGGCACCCUCCGCCAGUUCUUCACCAAGCUGGGGAUCUCGCAGCUGCGGUUCAAACCCGCCUACAACCCGUACACCGAGCCCAGCAUGGAGGUGUUCAGCUUCCACGAGGGGCUGAAGAAGUGGGUGGAGGUGGGGAACUCGGGGGUCUUCCGCCCCGAGCUGCUGCUGCCCAUGGGGCUCCCCGAGAACGUCUCCGUCAUCGCCUGGGGGCUCUCGCUGGAGCGACCCACCAUGAUCAAAUACGGCAUCAACAACAUCCGCGAGCUCGUGGGGCACCGCGUCAACCUGCAGAUGGUCUACGACAGCCCCAUGUGCCGCCUGGACGUGUGACCCCCACCCCGCGGGGGUCCCCUCCUUUUUGGGGAGGGGUCCCGUGUCCCCGGGGGUCCCCGUCCCCAAUAAAGCCUGGUGUCCUGC